AGUGGCAACUGAGAAGAUAGAGAUGAAGACCAACAGUUCUAACUGAGAGAAGAAGGCAUGGCUAAGCACAGGGGGUGUGAGCAGCGGCUCUGCCUGCAUCUUUUGUUACAGCAAGCAGAGAGAAAGAGGGAGGGCAAAAAGAGGCUAGGAUGAGAAGACCCUCCGUGUUUCUGGUGACAAUGGCAUGGGUCAGACAAUCACAGAACAAGUGGGAUCUUCAUUCACCAGUGGUUUCACCAGCAGCUGCCCCCAGAGAGACUCCUUAGGUACCUCCAUUUGCAGCCACUGAAGGGAGAAUGAAGAAGGAGCAUUAACUCUACUUAGAACAUUAAUGACUCUGACAAGCUUUGAAUUCAGGAGUUUAAGAAUCCAAGCCAAUAUCCUAUGUCUUGUAUUACACUUCCUCUCAUACUGAGCCCAACCAUGGCUGGAGAUUCAAGAAUCUUCAUGAAUCAAGAUAUGGAAAUUGGUGUCACCCACAGAGAGCAAAAGAAGAUUCCCAAACAAGCCCGGGAUGAUGUCCCAAUUGCCACUGAUCGAACACGUCUUUUGGCAGCUGAAAUCAAGAAACCACGCCAGCGGUACAUGGAAAAAACUGGCAAGUGUAAUGUUCAUCAUGGGAAUGUCCAGGAAACUUACCGAUAUCUCAGUGAUCUUUUCACCACUUUGGUGGAUCUCAAGUGGCGCUUUAACCUGCUUGUGUUUACCAUGGUUUACACCAUCACUUGGUUGUUUUUUGGUUUCAUUUGGUGGCUCAUUGCCUAUAUCCGAGGAGACUUAGACCAUGCAGAAGAUGAAGACUGGAUCCCUUGUGUUGACAACCUCAGUGGGUUUGUCUCAGCCUUUCUGUUUUCCAUUGAGACGGAGACCACUAUUGGUUACGGCCACAGGGUGAUCACUGAAAAAUGUCCUGAGGGCAUCAUACUGCUUUUGGUCCAGGCAAUCCUGGGUUCCAUAGUCAAUGCUUUCAUGGUGGGGUGCAUGUUUGUGAAGAUCAGCCAACCAAAGAAGAGGGCAGAGACCCUCAUGUUCUCUAACAACGCUGUGAUUUCCAUGCGGGAUGAAAAAUUGUGUCUCAUGUUCCGGGUUGGAGACCUAAGGAAUUCCCACAUUGUAGAGGCAUCUAUUCGAGCCAAGUUGAUUAAAUCCAAACAGACCAAAGAAGGGGAAUUCAUCCCCUUGAACCAAACAGACAUCAACGUGGGAUUUGACACAGGUGAUGACAGGCUGUUUCUGGUAUCCCCACUCAUCAUUUCACAUGAAAUCAACGAGAAGAGUCCCUUUUGGGAGAUGUCACGUGCCCAGUUGGAGAAGGAGGAGUUUGAAAUUGUUGUAAUUUUAGAAGGGAUGGUGGAAGCAACAGGGAUGACUUGCCAGGCUCGGAGCUCCUACAUGGACACAGAAGUGCUUUGGGGACACCGUUUUACCCCUGUCCUUACCCUAGAGAAGGACUUUUAUGAGGUUGACUACAACAGUUUUCAUAGUACCUAUGAAACCAAUACACCUUCUUGCUGUGCCAAAGAACUGGCUGAGUCUUUCAAGGAAGGACGGCUCCUCAGCCACCUAUCUACCACGAACCUCCUGAAUGGAGAGGAAACAGAAGAAGCAGAAGAGGAGAAAGAACAGCAGGAAGGGAUGGAGAAAGAAGAGAACAGAAAUGAAGGCCUAGAAGCAAUUGAACUGAAUGGAACCAAUGGAACAACAGGAGAGAUGAAGGAGAGCCUGUUUUUAAAAUAGUAAGACUUGAGGAAUGAUAGAAAAUUCAGACUCCCUUGCCAUGGAGGAGGCAGAAGAAGAGGUGGGACAACCUAAGUCUAGAAGAUAAUGUUCUCACUCCGAUGGGUAUUACUGGAUUGAGCUGUACCUCUCCAUAUAAUUUUAGUUUCUCCAUUCCAUUCUGGAGAUUACUAUGAGGAUUUUAUUCACUGUUUUGAGGAUACAUGAAAACUAACCAGCUUAAGGAAAUAUAAUGGCAGUGUAGAUUAUCAUUUAUCUUGAACUGUCCCCCCCCCCCCCCCUUGCAAUGUGAGUCUUCUGCACAGAGGGAGGAAUUUUAAAGGGGAGGGGAGACUUGGCAAAACAAAUGUAGCUAUGAAAUUCUUCUGUCCUUAAUUUAUUGGAAAUGCUAAUUGCUGAAUAAAAAGAGAAAAGGGGAAAUGGGGGUGGGGAACAGGCCUUCUGUAUUUGGCCAAGUGUCUGUUGUAACUUUCUGUGUGAUGGGACAUAGGUGUGAUCAUUUAUCUUUGAGAUUCUGUCUACUGUGACUUCAGCCAAAAUAGGAAAAAUUAUCAUUCAGUGGAGGAAAGGAACUCACUUUCUGAUCCGAAGCAUUAGUGGUUUGUUUUUCCUAUUAUGAUUUAUGUAAAAGGUAAACAGGGGCAACUAAUGUUCUAGCUUCAAAUGAAUUAGGAACUCAAUGGCUAAUUGGCUUUUUGGUUGUCUAAAGGACAUUUUGAAACAUGUUCUUUAUUUCUUAGACUUCUAUCCUGCCUUACCCCCAGGCAUUCAAGCUAGCAUCCAUAACAUGUCCUCCUUCAACAAUUCCACACAGUUUCAGCUACCUUUUGAGAUAGGUUGGGUUGUGAGAGAAAGACUCGCCCAAAGGACCACACAAUGGCUGAAGUUGGACCUGAAUCAUAAAAUCUAGAUUUGAAUGUUGGCAUGCAGUCAUCAAGUCUAGCUUCCAGAUUUAUAUUUUAUUAUGUUAAGUAUCACAUUAAUACAAUUAAAUAUAAUUCAUGUUUAUUCAUCAUAUUUACAGUAUGUUGGUCAGGUUGUCAGAGCAUUGCAUCCUAGAGGAAGAUAUCAGCUGUCUUAGCUAAUUAUAAAGUUGAUAUAAGUCCCUCCACCAAUUAAUCAAUUUAUUUUUUGUCCAGUCAGGACAAGAUUCAUCAUCAAAUCCUAACCAAUUAUUUGUGUGUUGGUGGGGGUGAUGUAAAAAAACCCUGGAAUGAUGGGAAUUGGAAGACUAAAAUAAAAAGGUGAAAACCCUGAAUAGGCACACCCACAUUGGACCAUCUUGAGGUAUCUGCUCCUGAAAUGCUGUUAAAAGAUGUCCAACUGCUUUUAUACCAUUUAUUUCCUGCAUUUGUCAGUGUGGUACAUGGCCCCUUUACAGCAAAGAAUCUGAAGUGGGGAGAACUUGCUUGCAGUUGCUUAUAAAAAUAAAGACUG